AUGGCUUUAUCACCCGAACAAAAUGAAAACAAUUUCUACCAAAUUAUGAUGUUCAACUUCUCGCAAUACUUUGGAGAGAAGAACUUUGACGAGUAUUGGGACGUGUUUACCGGAAAGAAACCAUUUAGUUCGCUUCCAUCGGAGAUGUGUCCGUGGAACAAGAAAGGAGCAAACAUGGCGGAUUACUUCAAUUACGGCUUUGAUGAACAAACGUGGACCGCUUAUGCCAAAAGACUCAACGAACUUCACACGAACAAAACAACAGAAAAGGAAAUCUCUGUGUUGGACAUUUCGAAACAACAACCCCUCGCAAAGGCACAAGUCGAGUUCAAAGAAAUUGAACCUGAAAGGGCAGAGAGGGACUACACUAAAAUAGAGAAAGAAAAGGAUCGUCGAGACGAUCGUAAAGACUCAAGAAACAGAGAAAGAACUACAAGACAUUCCCGUUCAAGAGAAAGAGAUCGCGACAGAGACAGAGAUAGAAGUUCAAGACGGUCGCGUUCAAGGGAACGAGACCGCGACCGAUCUCGUCGCGACAGAGAUCGCGAUCAUUCACGAGACAGAAGACGACGUUCGAGAUCUCCACCAGGGCGGUCUUCAAGAAGCAAUCGUGAUCGAAGUAGACGAUAA